CCUCUACCUCCACCUCUACCUCUGCCAACACCCAUAUACAGGUACCUGCUCAUACUCAUCCCCAUUACCACACCCGAGCCUCCUCCUCUCGUUCCUCCACUGUCGACACCACAGAACCAUAUCGUGCCCCAGCAGCAUCUCAUAUCCCCCCCACCAAAGACUGCCACAAUGCCCCUCAUCAAUGGAGGAACCGGCAAGCCAAGAGUCAUUCUCGGCACCAUGACCUUCGGACCUGACGAGUCCACUGGUGCUCGAAUCACCUCUCUUGACGACUACAAGUCUUGUUUGGAUCACUUUCAGUCGCGCGGCUACAAUGAAAUCGACACUGCACGAGUCUAUGUGGGCGGCAAGCAAGAAGCGUGGACUCGCGAGGCAGGGUGGAAGGAUAGAGGUCUGAUGCUGGCCACGAAGUGGUAUCCGCACACGCCUGAAGCGCACAAGGCGGAGAAGAUCGAGGAAAUGCUCAACAAGUCUCUGGCCGAGCUGGGCACAGACACCGUGGACAUAUUCUAUCUUCAUGCAGCAGACCGAAGCAUCCCCUUUACAGAGCCUCUGAAGAAGUUGAACGAGCUGCACAAGCAGGGCAAAUUCGUCAACUUGGGCUUAAGCAAUUUCACAGCUGCCGAGGUUGCUGAAGUGCAGAUGCAUUGUCACUACAACAAUUGGGUGAGGCCUACUAUAUAUCAAGGAAUGUAUAACGCCAUUCAGCGGAACAUUGAGCCAGAGCUUAUCACAACGCUCAAGCGAUAUGGCAUGGAUCUGGUCAUCUACAACCCUAUCGCCGGAGGAUUGUUCUCGGGCAAGAUCAAGACAACCGAUAUCCCCGCUGAAGGCCGUUUCAGCGAUACAUCUUCAGCCAUGGGCACGAACUACCGCAAGAGAUACUUCCGCGACAACACCUUCGAGGCGCUGAGACUGAUUGAGCCUGUUGUGCAGAAGCACAACUUGACGAUGCUCGAGGUGGCCUUCAGAUGGCUUGUCCAUCACUCUAAACUGAACAUCAAGGAUGGAGGCAAUGACGGUAUCAUCAUUGGCGUAUCGAGCCAGGCGCAGCUCGAAUCAAACCUCACCGACAUCGAAAAGGGGCCAUUGCCGGAGGAAGUGCUCAAGGUGCUCGAGGAAGCCUGGCUCAUUACCAAGCCGACCGCUGUCCCUUACUGGCACGGUGAACUCAAGUACACUUACGACACCGUUGAUGCUCUCUUUGGCAAGCAUCAGUGAAGGCAUCUCGACCUUCACCCGUUUACCACCACAGGUGCUCGAAGCUGAAAGUUCUGGCGACGCCAACACGGCUGGUCACAUGGUUCAAAAUACAUAUCACAUGUCGAAUAUUUCAAAACAAGCUCCCACGCGAGCACUGCCACCUCUCACCUCUCGAAGAAUGCAGUGAUCAUUUUAGAAACAGGGUUCACUGUCGAUUCCAGUCAUGCGAAGACUAUGGUGGUCUGUUCCAACACCUGCUACAUCCCACAUGCAAAGAAGCCCCGUGUAACCACCAGGAAUAUUACCUUUGUCACCCUCGAAGUGUAUCCUCUCUUGUUGGCCCUCUUCCCUCCCAAUAUUCUGCACUGUGGCGUCCGUCCCUGUAACAACCACGCAUUUGCAACUCUUGCUGCUCGUAUGGCUCAUCACUUCCGAACCACACACAAUCCUGCUCCACCAGGUGGAAUGCCACGUCCGACCCCUCCAGCACAGUCGUAUCACUAUGCGCAACCACAUUCAUACGCGCCAUCUGGCACAAGCAGCAGGAAAGUCCGCUUCGAAGACGAUCACCGUCCUUCAGCUUUACAACUCAAGAUCUCACUAGGUCCGAAAGAUCGACCCACGUGUGAAGUAAAGAUCAGCGUGCAUUUUGAGGAAGGGAGGCUGCCCAGGAUCAAAGUGAAGACCAAGAGACCAAGAGAGCAUACUCAUAGGAAGAGGAGGAGAUCGUAUGUGGAUGAACAAGACGGGGAAAGGCGGUGGUGAUGCGAUGGCACCGGCGGUCAGGAUUGCGAAGAACCGGUCCUGAGAACGUGGCCCACUGAUCGAUCCUCCAUGAGGGUCGUGCUCCAUUCGAUGCCAAGAGUUAGACUGAGGCCAACUUGCAAUCCCCUCAUUAACAUAUGGGUUGCGUUCGCCACAAUCAGCGACCCGUCACACCAUCUGUCCUUGCAUCAGCGCCGCCAUCGACAGGAUCUUCCUGCUGAGCCCCAGUCAGAUAGUCUGCGCGUUCGGCUUCCUCGUACUCGUUGAUCAGAUCCAUGACCACCUCCCUAGACGUAUCGAAUUCACCUAGGCCGUCCCGAAAGGUGCCAUGCUUUUUGUACGUGUCCACGAAAGCAUUACGCUUGCGUAGCCGAUCGUACUGGAAUACUAUUCGCUUGAACAAUGUGGCUAUGCCAGUGUGGUUGGCCAACAUCAGACCUGACACCCGAGGCGGCGUGCGCGUUGUGUACGGAGGUUGUGUGUAAGGAGAUGUGCGAGAUAGUGCGACCUGUAUGCUGGCGGGGCCCCACGGGAUGAAGGAUGCAAGGUUUCUUUCUCGGAUGCGAAGCAAUGAUUUAUGCACCUGUUAGGCGUUAGUGAGGUCUGAUGAUGCAUGGAGUUCCCGACUUACAUCUGUGGGGUCAGCGUCACCCAUGAUUAUGUUCAAUAUGGAGAUAUAGCAGCUGUUCUUGCUAGGCUUCGCCGUUACCAUUUGGUUCUUGGGUUGUAAUAGUCUCCGCAUCACGUCCAGUACUGUGGUCUUGCGGACGGUCCUCGCCGACUCGACAUUGUUACCCGUAAAGGGCGUGUAGCUGGUUUGCAAGAAGUGACAUCUUGGGGUGGGUAUCAGACUGGCCACGAUGCCGACCAAGUCGUUGUGCAUGUAUCCAGGAUAUCGAAGAGUCGCGGUCGAUGCAGACAUGACGGUACUAACCAGCUGAUUUGUCUGCUCGAAAGAUGGCUCCUGCACGUGUAGCGUAUCGGCAGCUAUUCUAGAAAGCGCGCCGUUGUCCAGCACUACGACAGCGUCGGCAUUCUGCGUCAGCCGCCGCAUGGCCAGCAGCGAGUUGUACGGCUGUACAACCACAUCUCCCGCAUUCUGUGUAUCUGGGAAGACUGAGUAGGUCUGAAUGAGCUUUUUCGGAAAGCGAUCAUUCAGUUGUUCUAGCAGGAAGGAGCCUAGUCCAGAUCCCGUUCCGCCAGCGAUGGAGUGCAGUAACAUGAAACCCUCCAGGCUGUCACUGCCAUCGGCCUCGCGGUCGAUCAUGUCCAGGACCUCAUCUUGCACCUGGCUGCCCAUAUCGUAUCCUGCGGCCCAAUUGUUUCCCGCUCCGGUGCCUUCCUUGUGCACGUAGAAGUUCUCUGGGUUGUAGAUGUUCUUGUAUGGGCCGGUCUGGAUGCCGUUGAUCACUCUCGGCUCCAAGUCGAGGAGAAUGGCUCGGGGGAUGUAGCGCGUGUCGUCGGACUGGUAAAAGAAGACAUCCUUGCGGUCGCCUCCCUCUGUCGCAAAGUCCUCGAGGUUGCCGUCCUGGUUGAUGCCGUGCUCCAAGCAGAGCUGGCGCCAGAACUGCGAGCCGACUCUGUUGCCGCACUGGCCUGCCUGGAUCGU